CUCUGAGGGACGACAGAGCGGUUAGAGCGCCAGAAGAGCCGCCAUCCUCGGCCCCAUCGCUCGCUCUCCCAGGCCUUCCAGCACUGACCAGAAGAAACACAAGGCCGCCCUUCAAAGUGAGAGCCCUACUGGGAGCUCAGAGACCAAGUAUACGAAAAGCGCUCGCGCGACAGCCAAGAGGAGGUCUAGAACCCAUUCCUGAGUCUUCCACCAUGUCCUCGACUAAGUCGGGACCAUCGUUAUUAACCCUACAACCCUAUAAUCCGAAAGGGAAGCGCGAAACAUACAGAAUAGCUAUUCUUGGAGACGAGGGAGUAGGAAAGACGGCUCUGGUACAACGGUACCUCAACGGCGUCUUCUCCGAGACCUACAACCCGACCAUGGAAGACUGGCACAUCUCCCACCCUGUUAUGGACGGGCGGAUUUGCACGCUCGAGAUCCUCGACACAGGCGGAAACGAGGCAUACUCGACGCCACUCCUCGAGAGCUGGAUCCGCAGCGUCGACGGCUUGCUGCUCGUCUAUUCUGUGACCCGUCGUCUCCCGUUUACCAAGACACGGACAUGGCACAGGGCCAUCUUGCAAGCAUCAUCGGCAUCAGGCCGAGGCCGAGGCGGGGGGGCGGAAGUGAUGAUGCGUCGUCCCGCUGUAGUGUUGGUCGGGUCGAGAGCGGACCGGGUCUGGGAACGCGAGGUCUCGGCUGAAGAAGGGCGGGCAUUGGCGCGGGCCCUGGAGAUGAAACACGUGGAAUGUUCGGCCGCCAUACAAGAAGGUCACGCACCGGUGGCCGACGCUUUUCGGGCGGUCGUGCGAAUGAUGCAGCAGCAACGUGCGGAGGCGCACCGGGCGAGACUGCUGCGGUACUAAUCCAGCACUGUACGGCUGGGGAGGAGUGAUAGUAGGUAGCCUAAGCUGGCAGUAGGUCGUCCAAUGUUAAGACAAAGGUUUGCACCUGGCCAUCAUAAUAGGAGUUGAUUUGACUCGGGACUCUCUAACUCCUAGCCAAACAACUGUUUCCCCGUUACUAGUAUUUAGGUACCUAGGGAUG